GGAGGGUUUCGUCUAUCGUCUGAAGUUCAAUCCUUCAACAUGACCAGGAUGGCUGCUGAGCCGCUCUCUGUACCACCGAAAACGUCGUAACAGAGUGGCGACCUAUAUAUUGACUCGGAAACCUGCAUCGAGCUACCCAGCACGCGCCUUCAAUCAGCCAUCUCUUUUAUCAUUGUCAUUCUUUCGGCUCUGGUAGCCCCACUUGCAUUUGCUAUACAUACUCAUUCUUUCGGUUCUGGUAACCCCACUUGCAUUUGCUGUACAUACUCACUCUUUCUUCUUCUCUUUGCAUUUGAUACCCACUACUUUCCAAACGAAAUGCUCUACUCAAGCAUCUUUGCUGCGUGCGCACUCCCGCUCGCCUUCGCGGCACCGUUCUGCACUCGUCAGAACAGCACCACAAAUGGGACUGCGACGUGCGACCUCAGUACCGUCUCUCAGCCUGCCAACGCCCUCACGCCACCUUCUUCGGAUCUGCACCUCAUCCUCAUCGCCCAUGGAGAAGGGACGCAAAAUUAUACAUGCGCAACGCCGGCUUCCCUUCCAUCAGCAAUUGGUGCUGUAGCCGAACUAUACAACGCCUCUUGUGAGGUCGCCAACCCCAGCGAAGCGCAGAACAACAUCGUCCAAGCAGCGGCCAUUGGCAACCAUUUCUUCGCUGAUCUCACCACGCCCGCCUUCGACAUUCCAGUUCUAGGCAACGCCAAGACGAAGAAGGUCGAAGAGGUUGCUGCACCAAACCCGAGCGCUGACAUCAAGUGGCUCAGGCUGCAAGCGCAGACUUCAAACUCUACGAGUCAGGUCAAGUACAUUUACAGGCUAAACACUGCUGGUGGACUUGCGCCUACCAGCUGUGAGGGGAGAGCGGAAGGUGAGGUGGUUACGGUGCAAUACCAAGCACAGUACUGGGUCUAUGUUUAAGUGCGGUGGAACGCAAUGUCGCAUGACUGUGCGAUGGCCGAAGUUUACGAUUUUGGAUGAUCAUGUGUAAUGGGGUGUGGGUUUCUUUUGGGUAAGUCUUUGAGCAAAGGGUUUGGGUUGUACGUUGUAGGAGAGCGAAGACAAUUCAAACAUAAUUGAGCGACCGACAGAAUGGCGCUCACACGCCGCGAGCGUUUGUAUAUGCA